AUGGAAGUUCAAGCAGCUAUUAAAGAGAUUACCGAUCAGUGGGCAAUCCUUUUAACUGCAAGAAUAUGCAAUACACUUCAGCUCCCACCAAAUGAGCUGCAGUCUCGCCUUGAAAACACUGCUUCUAAAAUGAACAAUCAAGAAUUAGGUGCAAUCAUCCGCAAAGGUCUAAAAAUGUCAACUGUUAAUGAUCCGAAUCAGAUCAAUAUAAUGAGUGAUACAGUUGGAUCACUUUUAAUGCAAUUCCAUUGUCAUCCAAACUUUUGCAAGAUCUUUAACACCUUAAUGAACUCAGCGCAUGAACUCUUAAACAUGCCACUUCAAACGGAAACUACUUCAGCUAAACCAAAAGCUCUCCACACCGAUAAAAUCAUUAAUGACGAAGUUCUUACAGAUUUCGAGAAAUUAGAAUGCAACGUUUUCGACUACAUUUCUCACUUCCUUCUCGCCGCCGCAAAUUGUGAAUCAAUCAGUUUUGAUCCAAUUUCUCUCGAUAUCGUCAGUAUUAUCUUCCAUUACCUCAAACACGAGCAACCAAACGCCGUCCGUGCAUCUGCAGGCGAUAUCCUUUCAGCCUUAUCUUCAUCUCCUCGCCAUUGCCAGAUAAUCAACGAUAUGUUUUGGCAGCAGUUCGGACUUUGCAAGAAGGAUGAUGAUUUCCGUAAUUUCGCUUCAUGGAUUGAUGGCGUACAGAAUUUGAAGCUCGCUCUUACACCAGAACCUUUAGAAAAAGUUACAUUACAAUUCUUCCAGAAUUUCAUUGAUAACGAGAAGAAGAUCGAACGUGGUGUCCUCAGAAUGAAGUUCCUCGACGCUUUUCUUUCAAUUUUGAAGAAUAUCAACAAAACCCCAGCGUCUGCAAAGCACGAGCAGUACUACAAGCACCAAGAAGCUGUUUGGAACAUUGCUCUCAAGUGGUCUUCCAAGUCAAAACAUACUUCUUUCUGUUAUACUUUCUUAUGCCACUUAAUAUCAAGCACAACAUUCGAUUUCUACCUUCCUCAUGCUAAGCAAUAUUGCGAAUUACUUACAAAGUACGCUAAAAGUGGCGAAGUUGAUAUGCUUACCCUUAUUGCUGAUUUUAUCAAGACAUGUCCAGCAGAUUUAUACAAGACACGUGUUGAUGAAUUCACAACAAUGGUAAAUACACAUAUCAUACCACUUUUAUUCGCAGGAACUGAUAAAAAACGUACAUUGAGAUUUACAGACAACGAACAAAUCCCAGUUGUCCUCAAAAUCCUUACAGAAAUCGGUGUUAAGCAGAUGAACAUCAUUGUCGACUUCGUUCGUCCAGUUCUUUCUGUUGAAGAGCCAAAUUCAGAUACAAAACGCGUUCGUCUUAUUUGUAUCCAAGUUCUUGCAGAAUUAUCAACACAGGCACCUCAAGAACUUGUUAAGUUCAACGAAGUCCUCUUCCCAUUGUUACAACCUUCAAUUCUUGGAGUUAAUCCAGAAUUCAAAGAAGAAAUUCAAUACGCGAUCCCAACCUUCCCACUCAUCCACUCCAUAAACGAAGAGAAGCUCGACCAACUCGCAGAAGUCGUUUUCAACCUUUCUAUUUUAGACGAUAACGUUGCAUCAUCGGCCAUGAACUCAAUGAACAUGUUCAUACAGAACCUUGUAUCACUAAAACUCUGCGCACGAGCUCCGAUCAUUUAUAUCAACAAGAUUAUUGAGAUCAUCCACAAUUCAAAGGCCCAAGACGUACUUCACUAUCUCUGCUACCUCUCAGCUGUCAUCAAUUCGUGGUCCAACAACAUUUCUGAUGCCGGAAAAAUCGAAUUAACAGGUUCGAAAUUACAACCAUCAGAAUGGCGCGAAAUGAGACUUAAUUUAGAUGUCCUUAUGCUUAUUUUCUUACUCAGCCCUGAGAAAUCAUUGUCUGCGAACUCCCACGCCGUAUUAAAAUGUCUAAAUCUUAAACCAAUCCAAGAUUUCGACAGAGAAUGCAACUAUACGUAUUCAUUCGCCAAAUACGUAUCAGAAGUUGCAGGAUCAGACUAUAUCGGCAACGCAUCGAAGAUGGUUGAAUCCGGACCAGACUUUUCUGCCAAUUUCUUCAUCAAAAUCCUUCAAACAUGGGAGAAACAGCAGAAGACAUUCGAAGCGAACCAUUCCACGAAGAUUAUGGACUUUUUGGCAUCAAUUGUUCGUAAAAACGAUGAAAACUUCAAGAAAUUCAUCGGAGACAUUUUUAUGAUGCUUGCAGAGAAUCCAUCAUCAAACGAAGCAAUCCAUGCACUUGGUUUGAUUGAUUAUUCCUUGGCAGCAGCCAUUGCAGGACAAAUUGACACAUGGGCAACACAAAACAACAGAAAAGACAACUAUUAUCCACAAACAAUCACCAUUCUUUCAACGAUUUCUUCAAGACCACAAUUCGCCAAAUUACAAGAAGGCGACAACUUGAUACCUUUCUUUGAAAACUUUGUAAGAAAGAUAACAAGUUACAAAGCACCAAAUUCACAAGAAAGAUACAUCAAUCUUGAGAGAUCGUUGAAAGUAUUCAUUGUCUUUGCUGCUGCUGAUCCAAACCAUUUAUCAAAUGUUAUCAACAAACAAGAAUUAGUUGAGAAAUUCAUCAAAGACAUGAUCGCAAUGGCAUCACUUGAUUGUGUCAAACAGUUCACGAACACAUUCCCAGAAACAUUCCUCACAGCUUUGAAGACAAGUUUCGAAUUCAUCAAUUUCCCAAUCAAUUUAUUUGAUGAGUUCUCAAGAUGGUUGAUGGUUUUCACAAGAAUUUUCUCUCAGAAGGAACAAAUACAAACAUAUAUUGUUCAAGCUUUGACAACAUUGUUGCAUCAAAACUUCAAUAUUUUGUAUCCUUUCCUUCAAACAUCAUAUGGAAAAUUCGAUCUCUUGACAUCCCACAUUAUAUUAGCAAUUGCUAAUGUUUUCUCAAUGAGAAAUGAUUUCUUGGACAAAUAUGAAAACGGAGAUGCUUUACUUUUAGUUACUGUUAUUUUACAUAUUUCAAGUGUUUCCGUUUUAUCUCGUCAAGCUGCACAUAAAUUAUUAUGUUUGUUGUUGACGAAAGAAAGAUCUAUCUUCACUAAAUCAGCUCCAAGAACAUUAGUCAUGGCUACAACAUCACAUUCUCCAUCAGGAUUCAUUACACAAGCUGCUCAUUUUGUUAAUUUCGCUUCUAAAGCUGUUACUCCUCAAAUUGCUCGUGAAUUCUUCAAGAUAUUCGCUGAUGAUUUCGAUAAAAUAGAACAAUCACAGAACCCUCUUUUGUCUUCUAUUUACGAAUUCAUUCCUGUAAUAUUAGAAGGAUGUGAAGCAACAGAAGUUCUUUCAGCAGCUUUGCAUUUAACAUCGCAUUGCAAGUUAAAUGAAUCUUCAACAGCUGCUGAAGUUACUAAAUUAUGGCAUGCAAUAUUUGAGAACUUUAAACAAAACAAACCUGAUGUCGCUAAAACAAUUGUUAAAUUGGUAUUCGAUAAUGGUGUUUCACAAGAAAAAUUAUCAUCAAUCGAGACACAAACAUCAGUUUUAGUUUUAGUUUCUUUGUUCCAAGUAUUUCCACAUGAAACAGGUGAAUUCAUUUUGCCAAUUUUGUCUAUUUAUGACAGAUCAAUUCCUGAUGAUAUUGAUGCUUUCGUUACAUUCCUUAAAGAUGCAAACAUCACAUUUGUUCCUUCCAAAGAAGAAAUCGUUGCAGCAAAUGCUCUUUCCCAGAUUUUGCUUUUGAUUUCUGAUCGUUCUUUGUUCGAAGAAAUCUUCCAGAAGAAGUUAGCACCUCUUCUUUUCUUCGCAACAAUUAAUUACCACCUCGAAGAGUUCUCUAUUGGACCAUUCAGACCAUUAUUGGAUUCUCUUUUAGACGCUGGUCUUUUCAGAUUCGCAAGGGAUUCUCUCAAGUUCUCAGAGAAUUUGGCCGCAUUGCAAAAAGCUUCUUUGAUCAAUUGCGCAACAUCUUUGGAACAACAAUUCCAGAUCAUCACUGUUCCUCCUGCAAAGAAGAUGCUCGCUUACGACAACGAAGCUGUUUUAACAAUGUGUACUUUGAUGUGCCAAAACGAUCCAGAAUUCAAACAACAGUUCUUCAAUUUGAUUCUUGCAAACGCUGUUCAAGUUAAAGAAGGCGACAGAUCUGUUGAACCAUUAAUUAUGAUGAUUGCUCUCAAGGAUGAGAUGAACACAAGAUCCAUUUACUUCUUAUUGUUGUUCACUCUUUACGCACUCAAGAACAACAGGACAGAGUUAAUGGACGCUUUGGUUGAUAACAUCCAUCACAGAUUGAUAUCAGAGAAAUGCGACAAAGAAGCUUUCUCACGCGAAGCUGUUCCAGUCGCAAUUAUCUUCUUGCUUUAUAUUACAAUUGAUUGCAAGAGAUCUUUCUCUAUCCAUUUGAUGAAGAUCUUAACAGAUGUCUGCCGAAAGAUUUCUGAAGGCGAUGAUGCAAAGGAAAGAGCUGCAGAACUUAAUGCAUUCUUCGAACAAUAUUCUGGUGAUGAAUACAUCUCAAGUUUGUUCAUCCAUUACGUCGCUGAUUUACCAACACUUGGUGAUGACAAUGUAAAGGUUGUUGUCGAGUGUUUGUAUCAGUUGAACAACGUAAUCAGUAAGGAUGGAAAGGAAAUCAACUGGUGCUUCUUACUCGCUAUUUUAAUCGAUGCUGUAAGAACUAACAUCGCUGUUAUGUCGAAUAGACCAAUUCCAGCGAUUUUGAAUGUCAAAGACCUCAAGUACAAUCCAAUUGAUUUCGCUGAGUACUUAUUGGACAAGUUCAAGGACACAAGGAUGAGAAUGUUCUACGUCUUGUUCAUGAUGUCGCUCUACAAGACAUUCAAAUGCAACGAUGUCAACAAAGAUGCAGUCGUAAUGAGCUUGCUCGCUGAAUUCGUCGGACAAAGCAAAUUAGUUAUGGCUCCAAAUAUAACAGAUUCUUUGUUGAAGACAGCUGCUUUAGUUAACUUAACAGCUGACGUACAAGGACGUGAAGAGGCUUCAAAAUUACUUUACACAGUUAUCAACUCAAUCCAGUACAAACCAAGCGAAUCAGCUCUUUCUGUCGUUGCAAUGAAGCCACAAAUUGUUCCUGUCCAAAGAAAGAUGAUUGGACAUUGGCAGGCACAGAAAGGAUUUGGAGUUUCUCAAGCAAACUUCCCACAUGUAGUUCUCUAUAACAUUGGCGCAAUGGAGAACACAAGCAUCAUUGAUAUGAUGUGGGAAUACAUCGUAAAGAAAUCUAAUCAGUAA